AGUAAAUGUGAAAAGUUACCUCACCACAAUAGGGCAGUUGUAACAAACCAUCUCUUGAGAUAUGGUUUCAUGGAUGCAUAUUCUGUGUGGUGGGCACAUGGUGAAACUUUAAGUAACAAUGUUGAUCCAUGGUUUGCCGCAAGUGAUGUGGCAUCCUCAAGUAAUAUUGAGGAACAUGAUAAUGCUAAGGAUGAUUUCCAUCACAUGGUUUAUGAUGCAUUCUGUCCAUCUGAGAAUGAUCGUCAUAGAAAUGAAACAAAGUUUGCAUCUGAAAAUGUUGGAGAUGCGCGAAAUAAUAAUGCACAAUCUUUUUAUGACUUGUUGCGUGCUUCAACCAUCCCGCUUGGAUCAGCAUCUAAUAACCAAACAUUGCUUGGUUGGUUAUCAUAUAUGCUGCACACCAAAGCCAAAAACAACAUAAGUGGUGUUGGUUACAAUGAGAUCAUUCAUGGCUACAGGUUUAACCCAUGGGGUCACUCUUCGAGAUCAUAUUCCUGUUGGCCUGUUUUCAUUGUUGUUUACAAUCUUCCUCCUGAGAUGUGCAUGCGACUUGAAUUUACAUUCCUGACACUUGUUAUUUCUGGGCCAAAGAGUCCAGGAAAAAACAUUGAUGUUUUCUCCCGUCCACUUAUUGAUGACCUAAAACGGUUAUGGUCGUCAGGGAUAGAAACAUUUGACAGCUUCCAUAAACAGAACUUCACAAUGCGAGCCAUGGUUAUGUGGACCAUAAUGGAUUUCCCCGGCUAUGGUAUGUUUCUUCCUGCAUCACACUCGUACAAAAUGGAUACAACUCAUUUCCUUGAGGGCCGCUUUGAAUUUGGCCCCCCUCCUCCACGAUUAGAUGGUCAUUCUGUUCGACUUCGAGUUGCCACACUACCUGAUGUUUUAUUUGGAAAUCCAUCAGUAAACCAAACUAUUUUCGGGUUCGGUGAAACACACAAUUGGGUGAAACGGAGUAUCUUCUGGGAACUCCCAUAUUGGGAGGAUAACUUGAUCAGACACAAUCUUGAUGUCAUGCACAGUGAGAAGAAUUUCUUUGACAACAUCAUACACACAAUCAUGGAUGACUCGUCCUCAAAAGAUAAUGUUAAGUCAAGAAUGGACUUACCAUUGUACUGUGAUAGGGAAGAACUACACUUGUACUAUGACUGUUCUGGGUCGCUUUGCAAGCCAAAUGCAAGUUAUGCACUUAACACGGAUAAAAAAAGAUGUCUAUGUACGUGGCUCAAACAUGUGCGAUUUCCAGAUGGUUUUGCAUCUAACAUCGCAUGUUGUGUGAACUUAGCUGAGUUACGCUUAGUUAGAUUGAAGAGUCACGAUUGCAAUAUAUUCAUGCAGCGCCUCAUUCCAAUUGCUUUCCGUGGCUUGUUGUUGGAUUCUAUAUGGGGUCCAUUAACAGAAACACGCUGUCUAACUACUCAAGAGAUGAAGGCGGCUGAACUUUAUGUACUACUAAACUGUAGGGAAGUUGAUGCGCUUCUUAGGGGAACACGCAUUAACCAAGUUUACGACAUUGUUGAGGUCAACCCACAGUAUCGACUGUCGACCGGCAAGCCAUUUUGCCUUGCGUGUCAAUCAACGCAAGUGUAUUACACUAGUUACCCAUCAGAUAAUCGAGCAACUAAAGGAUGGUUCGCCGCAUGCAAAAUACGUGCUAGACAUUUGAUUGACACUUGUUCAACUUCACUUGAUAUAGAAGAAAUAUUCCAAGAUGAGGAGCCACCAUCCACACAAUCAUUAGAGCAUAAUUCCAAUUUGGCAUCCACAGAAUGUGUGGAUUUGCAUACAGAAGGAGCAACAAUGGUUGACUUAAAUGGAAAUGCAAAUGAUGAUGUUGAUGAAAAUGCAAGUGAAGGAAAUGAUGGAUAUGAAACAAGAAGCGAUGCUGGUGGCGAUAGUAGCAAGACUGAAUAGUCAUUAAAUAAUUGAAAGUCAU